AUGGCAAGCGAGCGCGGUGGCCGUGUCGGGCGUCCUUGGCCACGGUGCUGUCGAUACGAGCCGCCGGAGCCGCCGGUGCGUAACCGCUUCCGCGUGCCGCUGACGUCACCACCUAGCGUACGGCCCGCACAUCCGCGAUCGAUAUUGCCCACGGCCCGCCGCGUCACGCACCACCAUCCUUGGGGUAGCUCCGUGACGUCACGAGACUCCGCAGCCAGCCGCUGCGCUCCCGAAAACUUCCACUUUGUACAGCUUCGGCGCGUAAAGGGCGUUACAAGCGUCGAUUACAUCACCCGACUCGGUUGCUGGGCAAAUUGUUAUCCGUUCAAACACGCCGAUUCCGCGAGUAUUGGUUCGAGGCGGCGAACUCUCGUUAUGUCGUGCGACGCCAAAUCUAUUGUCGUCGGUGAGUUCAUAAUUACGGGCGGGAUCAUCAGCGCUAGGAAUGGCGCGCGCAAUUUGCGCUUUAAAUUCGGACGCGGUAAGACCGCCAUUGGCACUGAGCACCUUAUCGGGCCG